AUGAGUGGUCCAGACGAAAGUGAAGAACAAAAUAGGUCAUCAUUUUCGACAGAAAGUGAAUCAGUUGAGUCCGAAGUUGAUAUUGAACACAACUACAAACAAACAUUGAAUUCGUUGAUAACAAAUAUCGAGUGUCCUGAAAAUUAUUGUAAUGGAGGUGAAAUAAAUGAAGAACAUCAACCUUGGUUAUAUGUAAGUGGUGUAGGGUCAAUUUUGUUACCAUUAACACAAGCACAAGCCGCAGCAAUUAUCGACAAAUGUAUUUAUUUGCCAGACCAAUCAAAUAAAGAGAUAGAGGAUGUCGACGACUCAACGAUUCGUAAAACAUGGCAAUUAACAUCGUGUUCAUUUCGAAUACGAAGUCUUGAAUGGCAAUCAGUUAUACUGGAAUAUUUAAAAUCAAAAAUUAUAAAUGAUUUAGGUUUAAAUAGUGCAUUUUUAAUAGAAAAUUCAUUUGAAUUAAAAUUAUCAAAACUGUUGCUAUAUGAAACUGGUGGAUGUUUUAAACCAUUUAACUAUGAUAAAGAACAGAAUGUCAUCGCUGUAUUAUUUGUUUAUCUGUUGUCAGCUUAUGAAGGAGGUGAAUUAAUCGUUGAAAAUAAAAAACAACAACAUUUAUUUGAUUACUCUUCUGAUAGUAAUAAAAAAAUGUAUUAUAUUGUCUAUUAUGCAAAGUCAUCAUUUUAUACGACAUUUUCAAUUUUGUUAGAACAAACACCACAUUCUCAAUAUCUUAAAGAGAGAACUUGUAACUAUGAAAUACAACCUGUUCGAAGUGGCUAUAAAUUUGCAUUAAUGUAUGAAGUUAUUGUGGAAAAAUGUCAACAAAUUCCAGGUAUAUAUCUUACUCCCGAUUCACAUAAUGAAAUAUUAAUCGAACAAACAAGAAAUGCUCUAUCUGAAUGGCUUAAAGGUAGUGAUGGUUUAACAAAAUUAAUAAUACCAACAACAAACUCGUAUACAAAAGGUGAUAUUAUGCAACUGUCAUUAAAUAAAAAAGAUCGAGCAUUAACAAAUUUAUUAUGGUUAUCAAUAAAAAGAUUUUCGUGUAAAUUAUUAUCAUCAUUGACCAAUAUAAAUAAUUCUUCACAUGAUGAAUUUUUAUUAUAUUUUGGAACAUUGAAACGUGAAGUUGAAGUUGAUGAUGAAGGUGAUGAUUUAACUGAUAGAACAACAAUUACAAAUUUGAUACUUGUUAAUGAUAUUGAAAAAUUUGAAUUUAAUAAACGAUUCUUGACUGAUACAUUUCAUUUCAAAAAGGAAAAAAAAUUGUCUGUUAAUCAUCGUCAUUUAUUACCAGAUGAUUAUUGGGAUGAUUUGACACCAAGCGUUUCACGUAUUAAUAGGCAAUCAGGUAAUGAAGUAUUGUGUUAUAAUAAUAUUGGUGUCCUAUUAAUAGUACCAUUUCAUCAAAAAUAUCAAUUAUUACUUGAUAAUAUUAAUAAUCUUGGUGAUGUACUUAAUCGAAUGUGUCGUACAACUGAAAAUAAUUUAUUAACUAUAUCACCACAUGAUUUAUCAUCAUCAUCAAAAGAAAAUAAAUUUUAUUCAAUAUUUAAAUUUGAAUCUAUUGAAAUACUCAAUUGUUUUUUAAUGAGUGAUAAUCAAAAUUAUUAUAUACGAGUAAUAUUACAAAAUUUUUUAUUAUUAGUUAAACAACAAACAAUUAAUGAUGAAUCAAUAAUAAAUGUUAUAGAAACAAUAAUGAAACAUAAUUUAUUUAUUAAACAACUAUUAUCAGAUAAAAAAUUUGAAAGUAUUAUUAAUGAACUUGGUGAUAAAUGUGGUUGGAAAAAAAUUGAAUGUCAAAUAUUUAAUGCAUUUCAAUUAUCACUCAAACGAUCAACAUCAAAUAUACAAAGUGCUGCUGAAUUUUUAAUAUCAUUUGUAACAACAACAAGUGAAAAACAUGAAAUAUUAUUUUUAAAAUUAUGUAUGAUUAAUGAACUAUUAACUGUAACAAUUAAUUCAUUACCAAAAUCUGAAAUAAUGUGGAAAAAUGUUUCAAGAUGGCGAAUUUUAUCAGAUUUAUGUCCCAUAAUACAUUUAUUAAGUUUAUUUCAUACAGUCUAUUUAUCUUCAUUAACAUUUAUUUCAUCAUUUCUUAUUAAAUUUAUUGAUAAAAAAUAUGAAACAACUGAAAUUAUUGAUGGUGUUUUACAGCCAACAUUAAUAUCUUGUUUAAUUAAAAUUUGGCCAAUUAUUUGUAAAAAUAGUUUAAUAAUACCAUUAUGGUUUCAAAUGUUAUAUAAUUAUUGUUUAAAUAUUUUAAAUGAAUCUUGUAAUCAACAAUUAUCUAUUAUAUCACCAAUUUGGACAAGAAUAACAACAGAAAUUAAUUGUGAAUGUAAUAAUUGUAAAUUAUUACAAAAUUUUUUUGAAGAUGAAAAUGCAAAUAAACAACAAUUUAUAAUGGUUAAUAUUCAACAACGACAACAUUUUAAUCGUACUAUUGAUCAAUUAGAAUUACCUCUCACAUUGAUUAUUGAACAUAAUGGUGAUAAUGAAAAUUUAUGGAUUAAAAAAAAUGGUAGUAAAAUUCGAAAAUGUGAAAAAUAUGAAAGUUUACGUCAACAAUUAAUUGAUAUGAAUAUUAAAAAAUUAAAUGAACUUGAAUCAUUAUCAAUAUAUAAUACUUCAGUUCCUAUUACAAAAAUAACAACAAUUUCCAAUAGUAAUCUGAAUAGUCUAAAUUCGGAUUUGGUCUAA